GUUUGCGCAGAGAACUUACACGUGCGAAAUUGCGCAGAGUUUGCAGAGCGAAUGUGUGCCAGCGAGGCUGCGCAGCAUUGAAAGUUCUUAGGGCACCCCUGUGGCAAACUACCCACCAACAUGCUGAGCAAGCCAGACCAAGAAAUAGUACCUGGGGCGCAGCAGAACACUCGCCUUUUCAAAUGCGGAGCCACGUGGUUGCGAAGCUUAGUUCUCGCACCAUGGUUACCAUGCUGACAGCCAGCCUUCCAGCACAUCUAGCUGUGUGGUGUCGAAAAGAGUUGCCAUUCGACUGACGCGGUGACAGGUGCGAUGACGCUGUGAGACGAGCGACCUGAGGCUCAUGGCCAAGCUGCUGGUGCCCUUGGUGCUCGCAGGGGCCAGCCAAGCCACUUCCGUUGUGUGGCGCUGUGAGGAGCCGGAGCCCCUCAGUCUGUUGCAGACGGCCGUGGCAACACGCAAGGUCAAAGAGGGCCAGGUGCGAAGGAGUGAUGCAGAGCUUCGCGCGGAGAAUGCCCGGCUGAAGACACAGCUCCAGCAGGUCGCCAAGCAAAUGCUGGCGAGGACCUCCAAGCGGUGGAACUUCAGGCAGCCAUGGUGUCUGAGCGCUUUGGUGGCUGCAGUCCUGUCGGGCAUCUACUUCUUUAUUUACUUUUCCCAUUUGGUGGUGUUCUUCAGUGAGAGGAGCUCCAUUAGCAAAGCCAACCGCCGCUUGAAGGUGUGGGAAGAAAAGCGGCCCGUGCCGAAGUUCGAAGACUUCAAGGCGAAGAUGCACGACGAGUUCUUUUGCGGGCUGCGGUCGCUGACUGUGAUCCGCCUCUUUGUUGUCAUCGCACUGGCUGUGGGAGUUGGAAGCUACCUCGCUCAGCAUGGCUACUUCGAGCCUUUGAAGGAGAAGCUGGUGCCCUUCUUGUACCUGGGCUUCGUGGGCAUUCUGGUCCUUCAGGUCCUGAUUCGGAGUGCCUGGGAGCAGAGCUUCGCGGUCUUCGGCCCCUUGCUGCAUAACCUACACGCCUUCACCAACGCCAUUCAGGAAUUAGUUGCUGGAGGGGGCCGCAUGCUGUCCAGCAUCGAAGGUUCCUUUGGAGAGAUUACCGGAUUCGGAUGAGAAAGCCCGCUGUGGACUGCCA